AUGCGUUUCACCAACGUCCUCGCCAUCUUUGCAUCUGCCACUGCAACCUCAGCGCUUCCGCUUUCUCUCCUCGAUGGCCUCUUCGGGUCUGCCCCCACAGCCAACUCGUUGGUGCAGAGUUUGGGAGCAGUGAACAACGAGCUUGUCAAGUUGAACGUUAGCCUAGCCGGGCUCAACACAGCAAACUUGCAAUCUCAGGCCACUGGCACUGGAAGCAAUGUCAACAAUAUCGUCAACAACCUCCUUGGCCCUGUUCUACGAGGCCUCACUGUGAACGGUGGCCUCCAGACUGCGUACAACACUGCUUUGAGCCAGCUUGGCACUCUCAACAACCAAGGUGUCAUCCUUACGCCUGCGCAAGCUUCUCAGGUCGCUACCACUCUCAACGCAUACCAGAAUCAGUUGACCCAGGUGUUGGCGUUGAUUCAGGCCAACCAGCCUGCUUUCACAACGGCAUCGGGAAGUGGGCUUCUUGGCACGGUGCAGAACCUUCUUGGUGGGAGCUUGGGCGGCAGCGCUGCUACUCCGGUCAGCACUGUUCAAAGCUGGCUCUCAAGUACCCUUAACAACAACGGCAACCUCCUCACCGCAGUCAGCACUCUUCUCCAGCGAACGCAGCCUACAAUCCAGUCCACACUUCAACAGGUCACCAACCUUCUUCAGGGUCUCAUCAGGGCCCAAGUCACCGUUUACGGCCCCUAUUAA